CUCCACUUUCGCACACCUUACACACUGUGGUUGGAAGGAUAAUUAUUGGCCACUGUGAAUUUGUCGGUAAAUUCAGCAGAUUGUUGUGCACUCACUUCACCUCCAGCUAUCCGGUUUGGCCAGUAGUUUUGAAAGAUUGAACAUGACAGGAUUUCGGCGACUGUUCUUAUACCCUGCAGCGUUUGUGCGAACAACGCAUUCUGGACAAGCUGAAGGUCGUCGAACACCACUUUAUGAUUUCCAUUUGGCUCAAAAUGCCAAACUUAUCAACUUCUGCGGAUAUAGCCUCCCUAUUCAAUAUAACAGUCAAAGUAUAAUUGACAGCCACAAUCACGUCCGCAGAAGAUGUGGAGUUUUCGACGUCUCCCACAUGCUUCAGGUUCGCGUUUUCGGGUCGGACAGGAUUCACUUCAUGGAGACAUUGACAACGGCCGACUUGGCUGAACUGCCCGCCGGAAGUGGUACGCUGUCCGUUUACCUGAACGAUCGUGGCGGUAUUCUGGAUGACGUUAUCAUUAACGUGUGCAAAGAACCGUACCUUUAUGUGGUCUCCAAUGCCGCUUGCGCCGAGAAGAUAACCAAUCUCCUCAAGGAAAAACGCGAACAUUUUACGAAGCUGGGUAGAGAUGUGCAACUUGAUUUUAUGACAGACCGGGCUCUACUAGCCGUCCAGGGCCCAGAGGCCCAUGAGACCAUCAAAAAGGGUAUCACAGCUACCGAAAGAACUACUUUUGAGGAUAUCUACUUCAUGGAAACCGCACUAUUCUCUUCCAUUUUUGGGUUGAAAGCUGAUGGGCUGCCAAUACGAAUCACUAGAUGUGGAUACACUGGAGAAGAUGGUUACGAGAUCAAAGUGCCCGCCGAGUUGAGUGUAGAUUUAGCCAAUUGGCUAACUGUGUUUACAAAUGUUAAGCCAGUAGGUCUGGCUGCCAGGGAUACGCUGCGUCUGGAAGCAGGAAUGUGUCUCUAUGGAAACGAUCUAUUUGAAGAAAGGACCCCGGUAGAAUCCUCUCUUGGCUGGCUCAUUGGAAAGCGGAGACGUUCAUCACCAUCUCAACGUCCGUUCCCCGGUUCGGAACUCGUAUUAAACCAGUUAAACAACCCGCGUACUCUGACGCAUAAACGGAUCGGACUAGCCAGUAAUCUUGGCCCUCCAGCGAGGACCGGCGCUAAACUCUACGUCCAAGGUGAAACCACGCCGAUUGGGGAAGUAACCAGCGGGUGCUAUUCACCAACCCUUAGACGAAACAUUGCCAUGGCCUAUGUGAAACCUGAUUUUGCGAAUCCGGGACAACAGCUGCAUGCGGAAAUACGAGAGAAGCACUUUCCUUUCAUCGUGACAGCCCUCCCAUUUGUGCCGAAUCGCUUUGUGAGACGUCCGACAAAACGGGACUCUGUCAGGGUUGCCUGAGUGCAUCUGACCUACACUUCCCUGAUGGAUUGGUUUAUAUUGCUGAUAUAUUUAAGCCCAUCUCCGGUUGAUUAUUUAAUAGACUACAAUACCAGAUCUAUAAAUUUUUAAUUUUUACAUCCACAUUUCAAUCCUGAAAUGAAUACUGCUCCAACAACCCAAUUUUUUCAAGUAUUUCUUUAUGCACUAUGUAGCUUAAAUUUUAACCCUUGGAUUUUCCUUUA